UUUCCCUCUGCCUCCCUCCCCCCUAUAGCAAUCAAACCACCAGCUCCACUCCCCCCCUCCUCUCCUCCGCCCUCCCCCUCCCCCUCCAGCUACUCCCCAGUUCAUGUCCUGCUGGUUCCCAUGUCGCCGCCUCUCCAACUCGACUACAUAGGCCUCUCGGCCGCCGCCGGCGGCCGCGCGGACGACGACCUGAAAGGCACCGAGCUCCGCCUCGGACUUCCCGGCUGCGAGUCGCCGGACCGCCGCCCGGUCGCCGCCACCACCACACUGGAGCUUCUGCCCGCCAAGGGCGCCAAGCGAGGGUUCUCGGACGAGGUCCUGCCGCCUGCGCCGUCUGCCGCCGGCGGGAAAGGCAAGGAGACGUCCGGGGAUGAGAAGGACAAGAAGGUCGCCGCACCGCCGCAGCCUGCUGCCAAGGCUCAGGUGGUGGGAUGGCCACCAAUCCGCAGCUACCGCAAGAACACGAUGGCAACCACCACCAACCAGCUGAAGAGCAGCAAGGAGGAUUCUGACGCGAAGCAGGGGCAAGAGUUUCUGUAUGUCAAAGUCAGCAUGGAUGGCGCGCCUUACCUGAGGAAGGUUGACCUCAAGACAUACAAGAACUAUAAGGACCUGUCUCUGGGGCUAGAGAAAAUGUUCAUUGGCUUCAGCACCGGUAAAGAUGGUGUAUCUGAGAACAGAAAGGAUGGUGAAUACGUGCUGACCUACGAAGACAAGGACGGAGACUGGAUGCUGGUUGGUGACGUCCCAUGGGAGAUGUUCACCGAGUCUUGCCGAAGGCUGAGGGUCAUGAAAGGUUCAGAUGCAGUUGGACUUGCAGUUCCAAGGGCAGGGGAUAAGUCCAAGAAUAAGAACUAAAGCGGUUGCUGCCCACAGUUUGAAGACGGGGUCGCACAUACCGUCUGUACUACCGCAUGGUUUUUCUAUCCCGCAAGUAAAAUCACUCCGUUACUCUACUGUUGUAAGAUUUGUGAUGUCUCCUAGAGACUUAUGCUUUAUAUUUUGUCGUGCCGAAGUUGUUGUACGCAUGCUAUUUCCAUCCGUGUAAAUGGUUGGUAAGCAGUGCGAGAGCUACUGCUGUGAUUUGAUGACUUCUAUGUAUUUUGCCAGUGUUGUCCUGAA